AUGGACGUCUCCAAUAUUCUCGCAUCUCAUGCUGAGAAAUACAAAUCUGUGACAGUGGAAAAAGAAACCCCACUGGAUGUUGACCCAGGGCUCCUUCUGGUGACAGAUCUAAAUCCAAUAGACGAGGAGAGCUACAGUGAAAAUUUGGAAGAACACCUACAGUCACUAGCGCGCGAUGGCGUCCAAAGCCUAUUCGCCUCUCUUUUCUCCUUGCCGACAAAAUCUUCCGCCGACGGCCCGCUAGCAGUCCUCCCCCCACCGGUGUAUCAAUUACCUCGGGCAAAACCUCUUCCUAAGCCUAAACCACCGACAAAAUGGGAGAUGUUUGCUAAAGCGAAGGGUAUACAGAAGAAGGUUCGCGAGAAGAAGGUAUGGGACGAGGAAAAACAGGAGUGGGUUGACAGGUGGGGCAGACAUGGCAAGAACAAGGAAGUUGAGGAACAGUGGAUCCACGAAGUACCUGCCAAUGCUGACGUCGACUAUGACCCAAGAAAAGCUGCUCGAGAUGAGAAGAAGGCGAAGAUAGAAAAGAAUCAGAAGCAACAACAACAAAAUUUGUCCAGAGCGCCAGGCAACUCAAGGUCUGAACGGAAGCAAACAAUCGAGCGUACACUUGCAUCAUCACGAAUAAGCACCGCGAGUAUGGGCAAGUUCGACAAGCGACUAGACGGGGAGAAGAAACUUCGCGGUGUGAAGCGCAAGUUCGAACCCAACGAGGUUUCGGGUACCCAAGAGAAGAAUGCUUCCUUAACUUUGAUUGCGAAGAUGGAAAGCGACAGCAAGAAAAUGAGAAAAGAACCCCGCCCCGAGAAUAGCGAUCUUAAUGUGCGCAAAGCAGUGCGGUUUGCUAGCAAAGGUCGAGGAGGAGCUGCGAUGGGGCGAGAACUCGCUGGAGGGAAAUCAAAAGGGAAAGGCACGCAUUCAUCAUGGCACUCUGGUCUUCUGUUUCUCAUUUAA